AAGUAGGCUGUUUCCGCCUUCCUUCGGCCUCUUUCCGUUGGCUGGGUUUAGUUGACAAUGGGGCGUGUGAUCAGGGGACAGAGAAAAGGUGCGGGUUCCGUGUUCAGGGCCCAUGUGAAGCACAGGAAGGGUGCCGCUAAACUCCGGCACGUUGACUUUGCUGAGCGCCAUGGCUACAUUAAGGGUAUUGUGAAGGACAUCAUUCACGAUCCUGGCCGUGGAGCCCCCCUGGCGAAGGUGGUCUUUCGUGACCCCUACAGGUUCAAGAAGAGGACGGAGCUCUUCAUUGCUGCUGAGGGCAUCCAUACAGGGCAGUUCAUCUACUGUGGCAAAAAAGCCCAGCUAAACAUUGGCAAUGUGCUGCCUGUGGGCAACAUGCCUGAGGGUACCAUCGUGUGCUGCCUGGAGGAGAAACCGGGCGACAGGGGCAAGUUGGCCCGUGCCUCUGGCAAUUACGCCACAGUUAUCUCCCACAACCCUGAGACUAAGAAGUCCAGAGUGAAGCUUCCCUCUGGGGCCAAGAAGGUCAUUUCGUCUGCCAAUAGAGCUGUCGUGGGUGUGGUUGCUGGUGGUGGUCGUAUUGACAAGCCCAUCUUGAAGGCCGGUCGUGCCUACCACAAGUACAAGGCCAAGAGAAACUGCUGGCCUCGUGUCCGUGGUGUGGCCAUGAACCCUGUUGAACAUCCCUUCGGUGGUGGUAACCAUCAGCACAUUGGCAAGCCCUCAACUAUCAGGAGGGAUGCACCUGCGGGUCGUAAGGUCGGUCUCAUCGCUGCCCGUCGCACGGGUAGACUGCGCGGAACCAAGACCGUCCAGGAGAAGGAGAACUAAUGUGUUCCUCUUAAUAAAAUGUUCUGUAAACCCAA